UACUUUUCCCCGUUUUGACAGCUGCCGUCUGAUAUUUCAUUGAAAUUAUUUGAUUCGUAGUGAGAUAUUCCUUUGAAGGAAGAUAAUCUUUUACAAGAUAGGAUUGGAAGACAAUUAUGAAGUCGAGCAGAUCAAGACUAUGCUGGCUGGCUGGAUUAGUAUUGAUAAUUGUACUGAAACAAAGUGAAGUUACAGAUGGAAGUCAAAGUGACCACAUGUGUGUGAAAUAUGAUAAUCACAGUCGAACUAUGAUGAGGUUAUACGAAUUCCAAUCUAUGACGGGAACUAUAAUUACAAGACUACCUGGAUUUGACUUCUACGGAAAAAAUCUGAGAUGUGAGUGGUAUAUAGACGCAGGAGCAUACGGAAGGGUGAAAAUGACAUUUAUCGACGUGGACUUGCAACCAAACUGGUAUCUUAAAGGAAAAUGCAGUGAACAUGACCAUCUAACAUUACAAAAUAGUCUUGGUCGAUAUGAGAGACACAUAUGCCCAGAAUAUCAUGCAGAACAAUUCAUCAGUUUUGGCCGAGGGACUUACGUUACAUUCCAGUCCGAUUCAGAAGAGAAUGAAAUUCGUCGCAAAGGGAUUGAAAUCAGAUAUGAAAUGUUCGACCCUGCGACUCUGAAAUGCCCACCAGGUUGGACAUGUGGCCCAGAAAAUCGGGAAGGCGCCUGUAGGUGUUAUCAUGUGAUGAAGGCACCCAGCAGCAAAGUCGACUUUGAGUCGGCUCAGAAAUUCUGUGGGUUCAGCAAUGCAAACCUUGUCAAGAUUGAAUCUCGAGAGGUGCACAACUUCAUAGAAAGAUUAGUCUUUCAAUCGAAUGGGGUGACCGAGUUUUGGAUUGGUUUGAAUGAUAUAGAACAGGAGGGAUUGUUUGAAUGGAUAGACCGUAGUCCAUUGUCUUAUGACCAACGAAGAAAAGAAAACAGUGCAACAGAUAAUUGUGUCAUUCAGGAAGUAGCCACAGGAUCGUGGGUUACUGUGCCGUGUGAGGAAAGACACUUUUAUGUUUGUGAAAUGUUUUCAAUCUAUGAUACAAGCGUCUACCUAGUUCCAGAACGCGCUCUAACCCCUGAACAGGUGGAUGAAUUUAUGAACGUUAUGAAAGUAUUGGCCUGUGUCGGGGGUGCUAUACUCAUGGUUAUCAUUUGCUGCUGCUACUGCUGCUGUUGUCGAAAAUCCAGUACAAACAAAAAUAACCAGCCGACAGGUCAAACUCAGAACACAGCUGGAGAACAAGCCAUACCACUUGCCAACAGUCCUCCACCUGCAGUAGAACCUACAGCGCCCCCUUUGAGUGAGUUCCAGCCAAUGGCAGCGCAGGGCUAUCAUGGGAAAUCUGAUGGUCUCCCGUCGUACGAGGAGUGUAUGGGACUCCCGGCAGCGGCACAGUAGAAGACAGUUCAAAGGAGAAGGUGUAUGAAAGCCAGCCCCAGUGCCAAGGAAUUCAGGUCUAACGAAAGAUAACAUAAAAGCAACCCAUAUAUAUAGUACCAUGGAAAACAGAUCCAAGGAAAGAUGUAUUACAGUAUGGAGUAAUCCCGGAGUAUGUACCAUCGUAUGGCACUAUCACUAUAUAACUCUACCACAUUCUGAUGGCAUUCAUUUAGGCUAUGAAUGCCAUGUGCUGAAUAUAUGGCGUCCUUAUUAUCAUGACGUCAUGAUUUUUACGUGAGCUGGAUACCACCGACCCUCCUUGGACAGAGGGCUGUUGUAAUAACUGAACAAGCUUAUAUGGUAAAUCACUUGACCCAAAUGCAUAAUAUUAUUAAGUGUAAUUUCUAUGAGAUGAACAGAUUUGAAAAAUGGUAAAUAAAGGUAUUGAACUGCUUUCAGCUGGAAUUCAAAGGCGAUAUGAAUGCCAACUGGACAAAGGCAAAUCCAACAUGCAGCACUAGCGUGCUUCAUUGUGUUUGCCUUUUUCCAGUUGGCAUUCAUAUUGCCUAUGAAUACCGAAUGAAAACAGUUCAAUGCUGAAUGAUAACCUGUAUAAUUUAUAUGAGCUGCAUUGUCGUUCUAUCCAAGACUGUGAAGUCAAUAUGUUAACUCCAGGAAUUUUCUCUGGAAUAAUGUUUCAUAAUAGCAUGUGUUUGUGAUAAAAGCAGCCAAUUUUUUUCCUAUUUUGGAUGUUUUGUUUACCCUUUAUUUUUGAAGUCACAAGAUAUUCCUUAUGUCCCACUUCUUGUUCAUAUAAUGUUUGUUUUGCAUUUAACUAUCAUGGCAUUUUCUGUUAUUAUCAUUUUUCAGUGAGAUCUUUGUAAAUACAAGUUCCUUUUAAAAUAGUUCGUACAUUUUGCCACAUAUAUAUAUUUUGUCCUUAUUGAAGAAAAAAAAUGAAGGUUUAGAAGUAUCAGUAAUGCAUCCAUUUUUGUGUAUAUUUCUAUUGUUAAUCAUGUGUAAUUCAAUUGUCCAAAAUACUGUUCCAAAUGACAGAGAGGUAUUUCCGAUUUUCGGACAUUUUUUAAGUGUAGGCAGACACCAUUGUCUUUUAGGUAGCAUAUAUUCUUAAUACAAUAGUGAUAUCUCAGGAAUUGCAUCUUCUACUUAAUAUGGAAUAUUUUUUCUCUGAUCUUUUAUAUCCAUUCCUGGUGUUUGAACAGGCUUUUUUUAAAUAUAUACAAAAAAUAUUGCAUAUAUUUAUGUUAAUUUCUGUUGUUUUGUAAGAUUGUUGACGACCUUAAUUUAAAUGUACCAAAGUGUUUUCAUGAUAGAGACUUAAAAUUGUUUUCCUAAGCAUCUCAUGGACAAGCAAUCCUUCAUGUACGUGCUGUGAUUAUUUGAAACUUAUGUACAUAAGUGUGGUUUAUGAACUAAGACAAGUCUAC